AUGUGGAGAGCAUGUUGGGCAGCCUUCCUUCUCCAGAGACACAGUCUGGUUGAUGGGCUGACAGGGCUGCGUGAGAGACCCCUCAACGGGUUCCAGGAGAACGCACAGGGAGAUCAGGAGAACGCACAGAAACAGGGAGAUCAGGAGAACGCACAGGAACAGAGAGAUCAGGAGAAGGCACAGGAACAGGGAGAUCAGGAGAACGCACAGGAACAGGGAGAUCAGGAGAAGGCACAGGAACAGGGAGAUCAGGAGAACGCACAGGAACAGGGAGAUCAGGAGAACGCACAGGAACAGGGAGAUCAGGAGAACGCACAGGAACAGGGAGAUCAGGAGAACGCACAGGAACAGGGAGAUCAGGAGAACGCACAGGAACAGGGAGAUCAGGAGAACGCACAGGAACAGGGAGAUCAGGAGAACGCACAGGAACAGGGAGAUCAGGAGAACGCACAGGAACAGGGAGAUCAGGAGAAGGCACAGGAACAGGGAGAUCGGGAGAACGCACAGGAACAGGGAGAUCAAGGUGCCUACACACGAAGACCUAACAUCCUGAAAGAGAGCCUAAGUGAAAACAAAUGAUUUUCUCUGACAUUAGAAAUGGUCCAG